ACUCCGUCAGAAUAGCGAGAAUCGCAACCAUCUCAGGCCUGUGGUCAGAGCGACCUGUGUCCCUCCUAGACCCAGGAUUACCUCAAGUUCCAUCCAAGAGCGAUUAAUCCGCUCCCCGGGCUCUCGAUCUCUUUAGGCCCCGGCACAUAGCGACUUUUACACCCCGUGGGCCACACCGUCCUCCCGGGAGUUGGUACCCCUCUUGAGGGAGUCCGCUGCGCCAUGGCGCAGGCCAGACUGACCGACUUUUUCCCUCAGGCCAAAAAACCGAGGACGACCCUGCUGGGCCUGAAAGGUUCAAAGUCUCCCGGUGGUCGCCGCUUGCAGCCGAGAAGGGGAAGGCUGGCGGCUGUUCCUCCCUGCCGGAUCCCUGCGCUGUCCACAGUAUCCGACCCACCGGACUCUGGUGAAUGGCCGACCCUGGGCCAGCAGCAAGGCAGCGGCCCAGCUCUUCACCCAGAGGCCGAGGUCAUCAAGAGAGAGCCCGCACUCAGCGACCUCGUCACACCGUCGAAAGGCGAGCCACUUGGAGCUGGGUCUCGCUCCAGCACCGGCAAGAAGCGCAGCCGCUCCACCUCCGUCGAUGGUGCGCCGACCUCGGCGGUGGGAUCGCAGCGGGCGGGCAGGGUGCCGUCUGCCCGGAGGUGUCUCCUGUUACAGCCCAGGGAAGCGGGGGAGAGUCCUGUUCCAGAAAAGAGCGAAGUGAAGGAAGAUGCCGAGCUGACUCCUACGGGAGCAUCCGAGCCCACGGAUUUAUCCAUCCAUGAGCCCGCAACCUUAAGGAAAGGGAUUUCCAAGCCUCCAAGUCUGCAAAGUUCAAAUGGAAGAAGCAAGCAGAUCGGCACAACACCUGCAAAGGAAGGUCUUUCAGGGUUAAAAGCACGGCUGCAACGAAUCCAGAAACUUGCACCAGUACCAAGUUCAUUUGCUUCUACAUCCGAAUUGAAUAGUGAUAUCAAGAGUCGAUUAAAACGGGUUCGAGAGCUGGAACUGAAAGUACAAGAAAAUAAGGUAGAACAGAAAAAAACAGCUGAACAGGAGGUGACUUCAAGUGCAGCGGAGAGGGUAAAGACUCCAGCAUAUCAACGUUUCCACAACUUGGCACAGGAUGUUCCACCAGGGUUGACCCUGCCUUUCAAGUACAAGCUGUUAGCAGAGAUGUUCCGUAGUAUGGACACGGUUGUAAGCAUGUUGUUCAAUCGUUCUGAGACCAUUACCUUUGCCAAGGUAAAACAGGGUGUCCAGGACAUGAUGAGGAAGAAAUUUGAAGAACGAAAUGUUGGGCAGAUAAAGACUGUUUACCCUUCUGCGUACAAGUUCAGACAGGAAAAGGGAAUCCCAACAUGGAGUGACUGUCUGAAAAGGUCCAGUUACCAACUCACCAUUGAUCCUGUGUUUGAAGGAGAGGAGAAUUCUGAUGGCCAUACACAACUAACAGCAUCUCACUUGCUCUCGCGACGUCGCAUCUUCAGCCGAAAUCUUGUGAGCAUUGUGAAACAAUACCAUAAGAUUUUCCUGGCUUCUCUUAACCCUCCAAUGCAUGUACCAGAUGACAAGAUUGCACGAUGGCACCCACGUUUUAAUAUAGAUGAAAUUCCAGACAUUGCUGCUGCUGAACUGCCCCAGCCCCCUGAUUUAGAGAAGUUAACAACUGCUCACGAGGUCCUUGAUAAAGCUCGCAGUAUGAUGACACCAAAGAUGGAGAAAGCACUUGCUAACAUGGCCCUCAAAACUGCAGAAGCUGCUAUGGCUGCUACUACUGAGCAAAAUACGGAGCCAAAAUUACUGAGCCCAAGCCCUUCUAGUGCACUGAAAGGGAUUUCCCAGAGUCUGCUAGAGAGGAUUCGUGCGAAAGAAGCUCAAAAAAUGCAGGCUGUAAUGACCAGAACUGCUGCACAAACAGAGCGUCUCAAUAUGAUGAUGCGGCUGCCUGACAUAACAAGAAUUCUACGCAAUGUCUUUGUGGCGGAGAAGAAAUCAGCCUUGGUUAUGACAGCGGUUUGCAAUAGGGUGGUUGACAGCUAUCGCUCAGUGAUGCCCCUAGGUAAUUUAUUAACAAAUUGA